AGGAACACACCACGUGGCAGUCAUGUCAGUGAGUCCCCACAACCCAUGGCUCUCCCUGUGAUUACAUCUCUCUCCUCUAUCCUCCUAUUUAUUCCGGCCACCUGUGUCAGUCUCCGGCAGUCUCUGUCUCUCUCUCCGACGACAAUUCCCCACUUCCCCGCCCUUGUUCUAUAUAUACCCCACCUCCUCUUACCUCUCCUCCUUAUCCUCUAAAUCCUCUCACACUCACCUCUUUCACACACACAUAUUUCAUUUACUUUUCUUAAAAAGUAUAAUCAACGGAUCUCAGUCGCAUUUUGGUUCUUGAAGGACGUUUAAUUAAGUACUUACAACAAACCCAUUUAAAUUUUUUGAUCCAGAAUGAACAGGGUUUCUCCGGACAUGCUACUCGGUCACAACACCACCGUGACUGGCGGCACCGACGUAAGUGUGUUCGAGAGACAACAAGCAAGAAUGAAGUGGCAACAACUGCAACAGCAUCAACAUAGUUUUUACAAUGAGAAUGAUCAUCAGGUUCCGAAUCCAUUUCUGGGUUUGAUUGGAAACAUUAAACCAGACCCUGGUUUGGAAAACGGGUGGCCAGAUUUCAGUGACGGGUGUGACGAGUUAUUCUCACCAUUAAUGGCGGAUCAAAGAAUCAUGCAGUUGCAGAAGAACUCAAGUUCAGUCUUGUUGUCACCCAAGAAAAGAAAAACCCAUGAGAAUCAGAAGAACUUUCAGGUGGUUUCAGAAGUGAAUGGCAUCAAAGAGAAGAAGUUAAAAGGGUGUUCAGAAGAAAACUCUUCAGAAACUUCAUCAAAAGAAAAAUCAAAGCCUACAGAAGCUCAAAAACAAGAUUAUAUUCAUGUUCGAGCUCGUCGAGGGCAAGCUACUGAUAGCCAUAGUUUAGCCGAAAGAGUAAGAAGGGAGAAAAUCAGUGAAAGAAUGAAGUAUUUGCAAGAUUUAGUACCUGGAUGCAACAAGAUCACUGGAAAAGCUGGAAUGCUUGAUGAAAUCAUCAAUUAUGUUCAAUCUCUUCAAAAACAAGUAGAAUUCUUGUCCAUGAAGCUUUCUACAGUUCAUCCAAGACUAGACUUAGACGUUGAUAACUUAAUCAUGAAAGAGAUGUUUGAAGUUUCAACAGCUGGAUAUACCUCAGAGAUGGCUAAUUCCCCAUAUUUUCAAUUGAACUCGUUGCUUGAAAUGGGGAUUAACCCAAUUGACAUGGUGUUAAGAAGAAGCAUUAGUGGUGGUGCUCCAGUUUCGAUCCCUGAAACAUUCGUGGUUUCAUCAUGUUUUAAUCAAAUCCAUCCGAAUGUGGCAUGGGAUAGUGAUCUACAGAAUCUAUACAGAAUGGAAUUUCAACAAGGUUCAUCAACAAUACCAUAUCAAUCACAAAAAAUUACAGGUUUAUACGAAGGAAGCAAUAUGAAGAUGGAGAUGUAAACGUAAAGAUCGAUUUGAGGAAUUCUUUUGUAAUGAAUGAUUGAAUCUAAAUGUUACCAUUGUUAAUUGAUUCAUCAUUUGUCAUUAAUGUAAAUGUAUAUAUACAUUAUAUCACAUAUAUGUAAGCAUUCUAGAAACAAUAACUAGAAUUCAGAAUUUAUUACUUGCAAAGAACUACUCCGUUUUUCA